CGUUUACUCAUCGCAAAUUCUGAUCAGCUGUGUCAGUUCGCGAAUUGACUUUUUCAGCUUUUUGUGAAAUAAAUAAAGGUUUGGUAAUUUCUAAAUGUUGUGUUUACUAAGUACAGCUGCCAUUAAGUCUCUUUGAUCUAAUUAUUCCAAUCUAAGAUAUUCUAUCUUGCUCAAAGAUCAAAGGGCGAAUCAUUUGGAACCCGCUGUAAAAUUGUGCUGAUUUGAGUGAUUUUGAGAAAAUGGCUGCAGGACCAUCAUUGCAGAAAGCAAUAGACUUGGUCACACAAGCCACCGAGAAGGAUCGGGAACAGAAAUAUGAAGAAGCCCUUCGUCUUUACGAACAUGCCGUAGAAUAUUUCCUCCAUUCAAUUAAAUAUGAAACAGCUGGUGAAAGAGCGAAAGAAAGUAUCAGAGCAAAAUGCUUCCAAUAUUUGGAGAGGGCUGAAAAAUUAAAGGAAUAUUUGAAGAAAGGUAAACAACCUGUGAAAGAUGGAGAGUCAGUUUCAAAGGGCAGCUCCAAGAAGGGAGAAGACAGUGAUAGUGACUCCGAUGACCCGGAGAAAAAGAAAUUACAAUCUAAACUCGAAGGCGCCAUUGUUGUUGAAAAACCGUGUGUCCAGUGGUCGGACGUAGCUGGGCUGGAAGGAGCCAAAGAGGCUCUCAAGGAAGCUGUCAUCCUUCCAAUCAAAUUCCCUCAUCUUUUCACUGGAAAAAGAAUCCCAUGGAAGGGAAUUUUACUGUUUGGACCACCCGGAACAGGAAAGUCAUAUCUUGCAAAAGCUGUAGCAACUGAAGCAAACAAUUCAACAUUCUUCUCGGUCUCAUCCUCAGAUCUUGUAUCAAAAUGGUUAGGAGAGUCAGAGAAACUGGUAAAGAAUCUUUUCGAACUGGCACGACAACAUAAACCUAGCAUUAUCUUUAUAGAUGAAGUAGACUCUCUGUGUUCGUCCAGAUCCGAUAAUGAGUCAGAAUCUGCCAGGCGAAUCAAAACUGAGUUUCUUGUGCAGAUGCAAGGAGUGGGUAACGACAAUGAUGGAAUAUUAGUUCUGGGAGCGACAAAUAUUCCAUGGGUUUUAGAUGCUGCAAUUAGGAGAAGGUUUGAGAAAAGGAUUUACAUUCCUCUCCCAGAAGAGCAUGCCAGACUAUUUAUGUUCAAACUUCAUCUUGGGAACACAUCUCAUUCCUUGACGGAGAAUGAUCUUAAAACAUUAGCGUCCAAAACAGAAGGAUACUCAGGUGCGGAUAUAAGCAUCGUAGUGCGAGAUGCGUUGAUGCAACCUGUCCGCAAAGUCCAAACUGCAACGCAUUUCAAGAAAGUGAGUGGGCCAUCUAGGAAGGAUCCCAAUGUCAUCGAACACGAUUUGUUGUCACCUUGCUCACCAGGCAGUGAAGGAGCUAUCGAAAUGUCGUGGAUGGAUGUACCCGGGGAUAAACUUUUGGAGCCUCCUGUUACAAUGAAUGAUAUGCUGAGGUCACUAGCAACAUCCAAACCCACAGUUAAUAGCGAUGACAUGGCACGACUCGAAAAAUUCAAAGAAGAUUUCGGACAGGAAGGUUAAUUCAUCGACCAAUUUCAACCUGGAAGAAGGACAGAACUUUGAUAUGCUUUCCUGUUGCUUUUUUAUUAUGUUCAGUUAAGCACCUUUCAUUUUAGGUACUUAACUCUGUUUAUUUAUUUUUUAACAGCACAAUUCAAUAUCUGAACUCGCGAUAUGUUCAUGGAGAAGAACACGAUUGUACAUGCCUGAAAAAUAGAGCACUGUUUCAGUUUGUUUUUACCUGAAAUUACAUGAGUAGCCACAAGAAUGCCUGUGAUUUAUAGAAGUGCUUUAAAACUUCAACGUUACCAUCCGUAGUUUGUUGUAAUUCUCGAUCACCUGUAAUUUUUGAUCAUUGUAAAGUAUUGAAUGCAAACGAUCAUCUUCGACAGGUUUUUCUUUGUAUUACCUUCUAUCUACAGGAUAACUAUUUAAAAUUCAUGUUAAACUUUUUAUCUUGAGAUCUUAUCUUCGAAGCACUACUUUGCAUGUGAGUUUGGUAUACCAGUAAUUAAGGAAGACUUUUACAUUUCUUAUGGCAGAAGCAUCAAAUUCCUCAAAUUUCUGAAGGAUAUGUUUGAAUUAGAUCCUACAUUCUUGAUAAGGUAUCGCCAAAGUAGUCAGGUAAUAUUUUGAGUGCAACAAAAAACGUACCCUUUUCAUUUUCAGAUGGAUAUUGUCAAGUAAAAACCGAGAUGGUAGAAGUCUUGCCCCCAAAAAUAACCAGCGAUUUAAUUUGACCCUAGAUCUAACAUCUAAAAAAUGUUUUAGAACUAGGUUAAAAUUGUAUAAAAAUCACGCCUGUGUAAAUAUCUUCUUUUAUGUCGGUUCAUCAUUCACCACUGGCGCAGGUAUUAGUAUUUAAAUUUUUUACUUUGUUUCUCUGCCAAAAACAUUAGCAUUUGAAGACAAGAGCAUCUUAACCAGAGGAGAGAAAAUAAAGAAAAAAAGGAAUACAAUUACUGUCUUGUAAAGUAUGUAUUAUAUUUAAUGCUUGUAAAUAUUUAUUUUUUUAAUUCUAUAUUUUUUUAUUUGUUAUUCAGCAGAAAGAGAAAAAUUAUUUGAGAUACUGGCUGAGAGAAUAGGGCUAACAAAUCUGUACGCAUGUAUGUAGGAAAAUCACAUCAUGUGCUAAUAAUAGUGCUAAAAGAGACUGUUCAAACAAAAAUCUAGAAACUUUGAAUCCAUUAGUUAAUGUUGACGGGCGUUAAUCAUCAUUUUAAUUUUUUAAUGUAUUUCACCCUCUCACAAGGCUUCGCAACUCACUCGAAUAUUAAAACACAAAAAAUCUGAAGCUUCAUUUUGGAUUAAUAUUUGGACAUCAAUGGAGCGAAAUGGAUCCAUCUCUGAAGAAAAUUUUGCAAACAGCUAAAAGUUGAACGGAUUACCUUCGUCGGUAUUUCCAUGAUCAGAAUGAGUCAUUGAUGUUUCUGUUGAGCGUUGUUGAUCUAUAUCAAGAGGCACUGCUGUCUUUUGAUUAACAUAACUCGCGAGCAGAGUACCAAAUGAAUGUUUUUUGAUAUUCUGUUUGCGAUUUAUGUUGAUCUAAAAGUAGGAGUGUCUCUUAAUAUUGAUCAGCAACUUUCAACGGUCGCAUUGAAAACCCAUUUUCUUGGAGGAAACCAGGCGUUUUUUAUACUCAGGCGCCAUAUUGCCUAGCUUUAUCAGCCUUUUCAUAUUGCAGUAUAAAAUAGAAAAAAUUACUGUUCCAUAGCAUAUUUCUGUUCAGAUUUUAUUUUAGUCAUUGUUAUUGACUUGAAAAUAUUCGGAAAAUGGAUUCAUUUUUUUUUUCAUUUUGGCAAUUUGCGCAUGUUAGAUCAUACUAAGUCAGUGAGAGUUUCUCUUAGAUGUUAAGUUUUAUUUUCCUGAUCUACUGAGCCCCGUACUUUUGUUGAUAACUUUUGUAAUAAAAUGUUUAUCUUUUGUGAAUGACAAAA